AUGGCAACUAGAUCUACCAAGCAAAGCGGGCUGGCCUCGCUGGCCUGCACAGAGUGUCGCAAACAACACCUCAAAUGCGACGCACGUAAGCCUUCGUGCUCACGCUGUCUGCAGAACACGUACCUAUGCCAAUAUCUUCCUUCCAGACGUGGAGGCCGCAGGAAACCUCGGGAUCUCAAUCGCCGAACGACUUUAUCACAUUCUGACGAGUUGAACAAACCUGUCAUUCUGUCCAGCGAUCACGUUUCUGCACGGUCUCGUACACCAGACGGUGUGUCAGCGCGACGCGUAUCUAUUCCCGCCGAGAUUCCUGCUGGGCAGGUCCCUUGGCCCAUGAUUCCUCUGAGACAUGACUUGAGUCAAGACAGGGUAGAGCCAGCUCGAGAUCCCUGGUUUCAUGAUGAUCGCUUUUUACGUCUCUUUUAUGAGAAUUUUCAUGUCGCGCAUCCCAUGCUGGUGCCCAGUGCCACAUACCAUGACCGACAAUAUCCGGAAUUCCUUCAACUGGUGGUCAAUUUUGUCGGGUCUCACUAUGUUCCUUCUAGUACCAGUCAGCAAUAUCGAGACAAAGUCGUCGCAGAACUGGCUUGCAGUUCUGAUCGGUCCCACUGCAUGGUCCAGGCUUGGUUGAUUUAUUCAAUUGCUAUCUACGCGCGAGGUGAGCAACAGGAAGCCCAGGAUGCAUUUUCUCGGGCUGUGGAGAUAGCUUUGGAGCUCGGGAUGAAUCGACCGGAUUUUGCCUCGUCUCUGAAUUCGGAAAACUCCAUUGAGGCGGAAAGCAUCCGACGGACAUGGUGGGAGCUUUACAUCGCCGAUGUUUUCAUGGCAGCUCCGUUCAAGGGAAGUGCCUUUCAAUGCAGCACGAUGGCCACUGAGGUCGCCUUGCCCUGCGAGGAGUCGGCGUACACCGGAACUUGCAAUAUUCCAACGCCUCGAAAGAUGCUGGAUUUCAAGCGCAGGGUCUUUGCUUCUGAGGAGACAGUCUUCUCUUCUUUCAGUUAUCGCAUUGAAGCGACGACAAUUUUGUGUCGAGCCCUUGUCUUGAAUAGGCUGCGCGACUACCACCGGGAUCAUCUCCAGGCGGUCGAGAAUGCGCUCGUUAGUUGGGUCAACCACUUACCACCAAAGAAAUUAGACAUCGUGGACUCUUAUGGUAACAUCGACGAAAUGAUGUUUCAAGCCCACAUGACCAUCUCAUAUGCCACUAUGCUGUUGCAUCUUCCACGGAGUGAUCUUCAGUCUGUUUUGUCUCAGGCAGAUGACCAAUUUUGGCCGAGUGCAUCGCGUCAUCUAGCCUUGACACUCAAUCGUCCCAUUCACAGCAUCAAAGCGACAGAGGCCUCGAGGCGAAUAUCGGAUGCCAUUUCACUCUGCCCAAAUGUCCCAAAACAUACUCCCUUUGUCAUUCCUGCCUUAGCACUGUGUGGCAUGAUUCAACUCGCCACUACCAUCAAACACACCGAAGAAUGCUUUGAUCAUCACUACAACCGAGUGACGCUCAUACUCGGAUGUUUGAAGAGCACGAAACGAAUCUGGGGCCUCGCAGACUCUGCUUAUAACAGUCUGCGGGCCUCGGCAGGCGAAGCUCUUUCGGACUCGAUGGAACGCUGGUGCACAGAACCGCUAAGAAAGCUGUUCCCGACAGACUCCACGCCGAGUAGUACGGACCGGCCGCAUCAACCUACGCGGCCAACGUCGGCGAUCUCAGAUACACAAGACAUCUUGUUCCCGCCGAUCGUACCCGGAUUUGUCGACCCGACGUGCUACAGCGACGCCUUCUUCACCUCUAUUCCGGAUUUCGAUAUAAGCUAG